AUGGCUGACACAACAAAGAAGCGAAAGAAAGGGUCAAUUAGUGAAGAAGACGUGUCUAUACUCUUACAGAGAUACUCUGCGCAGACGGUGCUGGCGUUACUACAAGAGGUGGCGGUGGUUUCAGAGAAGAAAAUUGACUGGAACGCAAUGGUGAAGAAUACUACGACUGGAAUUUCCAAUCCAAGGGAGUACCAAAUGCUCUGGCGCCACAUUGCGUAUCGAGAUGACCUCAUUGAUUCGUUGAACAACGCUGUAGAUCCUCUGGGUGACGACAGUGAUUUAGAAUUUGAACUGGAAGCGUUUCCUGCUGUCAGUCGUGAAACUUCAGCAGAGGCUGCUGCUUGCGUUAAGGUGUUAAUUGCCUCCGGUACCUCAAAUGAUUCUCAUCUCCAUAACAGCUCAACCAUUGAGGCUCCAUUGACUAUAAAUAUACCGAACCAUGAGAAGUCCAUAGCUCCUUCAGAGAGUUCACAUCUUGCUAGUUGUUUGCAGGGGACAAAUAUAACCAUACCAGUUUCUGUACAAAAGCAGCAAUUGGCUACAGUAACAUGUGCUGAAAAAAAGCGAACUAAUGUGUCAACAGGCAGUAAUUUGCCUCCCCGAAGAAAAAGAAAGCCUUGGUCUGAAGAAGAGGAUAUGGAACUCAUUGCCGCUGUGCAAAAGUGUGGUGAACGGAAUUGGGCUAAUAUUUUGAAAGGAGAUUUUAAGGGUGAUAGGAAACCGUCAGAGCUAUCUCAGAGGUGGGCCACUAUCAGGAAAAAACAAGGCAACUUGAAAGUGGGAACCAGUUCUCAACUUUCUGAGACUCAGCUGGCCGCAGCUCACAGAGCAAUGUCCCUUGCCCUUGAUAUGCCCUUGGGUGAUAAUAUGAAGGCAGCAAUAAGUACGGGUGGCAAGUUGGCUGCAUCUCUCCUCAAACAAAGUGGUACAGCGUCAAAUAACUCAGCAGGCAACUCCACACGUCCUGCUUUUGUUGAAACAUCAUCAAUUGGUGUACCUUCAUUGAAAAGACUAUCAGCAAAUCCUACUCAAACCUCGGGUUCAAUGGUUGAAGCUACUGCAGUUGCUGCUGGGGCUCGUGUUGUUAAACCCUCUGUUGCUUCAUCGCAAAUUGAGGCUCCACAUUCUCAGAAUGCUGUUCGUACCACUGCUGGAGGAGGCCCUAUGAUAAAAUCCUUGACAACAGGUCUCUCGAAUCAACUACCAAGUAACGUGCAUUUUAUUCGUAAUGGCCUGGCGAAGGCUCCAAUCACUAAUCACUCCCCUACUAUGACAAGCGCCUCUAAACCUAGUGAAGCUCGGCAAGCACAAGUUCCAACUGCUGGGAUUUCAAGAACUGUAGCAGAAGCAACUGUUUCUAGCUCAGAAAAUGUCCAAAAAGACGAAGCUGCUUUUGCUCCAAGAGAGGAAAUUCUUGAAUCUCAAAUUGCUUUGGUGGGCAACCAAUCAGAAGAGAAAAUUGAAGAAAAUCAAGCUUCUUUUUCAGGCAAUGCAUCAAAAGAGAACAGUAAAGCUAAUGGAGCUUCCAUUCCCUCUAGUGUUCCUAUGGGACCAACUACAGAUAAUUGA